UCGUAUUAAUGGUUUGCUCACACUUUUUGGUAUUUUAAAAUUAUUUCAUAAAGUUUAGAGGUUUUUGGAUAUGAAAAAUGGCAUUAUCAACAUCCAAAAUUAAGUACAAGAAUCCUAUUUCAAAAAUACGAACUUUGGUACAAAAUUUAGAUGCUGAAAUAAUAGAACUCUCCACAAGCUUCUCGAUAUCUAAAAAAGAAACUGUUAAGGAUAAGCUGAGUGUAGCUAAUAUUUAUAAUGUUAAAAGAAAUGUGACCAAGCUAGGUGUGCAGACUCGACUACCAACCACUAAAAUUGAGGUCCGUAUGCUAUCAAGCGUAUACCAAUCGAAAGUUCAAGAUGCAUAUAGGAAUAAAAGGAUCUUUAUAGUCUACGGUUCCUAUAACAUAAUAAGACAAGAAUUAUAUGACCGUGGUUGGUUAGAGAAACUGCCACCGAAUCGGUACUCAUAUCUACAAACAUUACCUGAGGACUCCUUAAUGCGUCACGCACGACCUGGAAAUGAUUAUGAAAUAGUCAUGAUAUCAAAACUUUUAGCGCGUUACCCUGCAUUCUUUAUAUGGCAACCUAAAGGUAUGCAAGAUAUGUGCGGAGAUAUAUUUCCACUUAGAAAUCGUAUACGUCGUGGUUUGAAAGUCGAUUUUUCAACAAAAAUCGGACUUAUUGGAUGUUCUGAACUUGAGGUGUGGUACAGACGAGAUUCGAUGUGUACAAUGAAAUAUCCGCGCUUCUACAGACUUGGUGGUAGAGUUGAAGAACGUUUAUCGUUUGUAGAAGACUACAACAACACACAAUGUCGCAGCCUGAUCCGAUAUUUAUGGGAAAAUAUUGAAGAUCCUAAUUUGAAUAUCGAUCAAAAAAACGGCACCGUAUCAAUGGAUUUGAUUGCGUUUGCACUCAAAAACAUUCAAAACCAACUUGAUGAAUUGGAGAAUAAAAACUUGGACAUCAUACCUACAAAAAAUGACGAGGAGAAAAUAGCCAUGAGAAACUUCAUAAUAAAAUCUAAUAGCAUUAUAUACAGAAAGGCAUGGCUAACCACAAACCACGACAACCUUGUUGGUGAAGUUGAAUGCGGAAUGCAUAUGAUCAAGAAACUUGAAAAGAAGCAACUAGGCCUUAAUUGGGAAGGUUUUCGAAACCUUUGGAUUUUAAAGCCAGGUUAUCAGUGCCGUGGUAUAGGCAUUGUUGUAAAAAAAUUUCUAAACGAAAUACUAGACCAUGCAAGUAAAAAUAUGAAUGGGAGUUACAUUGUACAAAAAUAUAUUGAGCGACCUUUACUAAUAUAUAAAACUAAGUUCGAUAUACGCGCUUACAUGCUCCUAACUGUUGCAAGUGAGCACGUAAGCAUUUGGCUAUACAACGACUGCUAUCUGAGAUUUAGCUCACAGGAAUUCAACAUGACGGACUUACGAGAAGCCAUACAUUUGACCAACAACUGUGUGCAGAAGAAGUAUAAAAACGAUGCAUAUCGAAGUAAAAACCUACCAAUUCAUAACAUGUGGCACUCUGCACAAUUUAAAGAGUAUCUUCGACGGUUGCCCGGUGGACAAAAUGUAUGGAACAAGAUAAUAUACCCCGGCUUUAUACAGAACUUAAUUGCGGUUGUAUUGGCGAGUUUCGAAGAUACAAAGUUCGUUAAAAAUAGUUUUGAAAUGUAUGGUUGUGAUUUUAUGUUGGAUGAAGGAUUCAACCCAAUUUUAAUAGAAAUUAAUUCCACCCCAGAUUUGUGUCAUUCUACUUCAGUAACAGCAAAGCUGUGCCCACGUGUUCAGAAGGAUCUAAUUAAAAUUGUUGUCGACUCAAAAGACAAUCCCAAUACAUCUACUGGACAGUUUAACCUAAUAUUCAAAGUUGUACAUAAAAUUUUAAGGGAAGUCGAGCCAAAUUGCAAAGUAGCUUUAUCCGGCGAAAAACUUCCCCUACCAGAGCGUUUCCAGGAUAAAAUUCUGAAAACAGCUAUGAAGCUAAAUAAGAAGAAAGAAAACGCUACUUAUUUCAAAAAUACAGAAGCACAUCGAAAGGCAACUGGCGCAGGUACACGAAGGAAGGCGAAAGCUAAAAAAUCAAAUAUUUCAGUGAAGGCACUUUCAAAACAUGACACAACACUAGUGAAGGAUACUUAGACGCCUCACAAAAUCAUGCCAAAAUGAAAACAAAAUCCAAGAAUACAAAAAAAUUGCAUGAUCAACCUUUUGCUCGAAAAUAUUAUUGAUCAAUACAUGGUUAUAUAUAAUAAUAAAUUUACAAACUUACGUUUUGCUAAUUUCUGGAGCGUCCGAUGGCGGUAAUCUUUAAAACAAGUACAUUAUUAACAACUUGAAAAGCGCGAAUAGUUGACAGAAUACGAUUAUUUGAUAAUUUCUUCUUCUUAUGUUCUAUUACAAAACA